AUGAACACGGUCAAUCUCCAUCGCAAAGACACAACAAAGGGCCCCCCGUUGCGGGUUUUAUCGCUCGAUGGCGGUGGCGUCCGAGGAUACUCGAUGCUCAUCCUCCUCCAGGAACUCAUGUACCGCACCUACGUCGAAUCUGAAGGAAAAGCCCCUCGUCGCGACCAAAUCCCCAAACCAUGCGAUCACUUCGACCUCAUCGUCGGCACCGGUACCGGCGGUCUGAUCGCCCUUAUGCUGGGGCGCUUACGCCUCGACCUCGAGACUUGCAAAGAAGUCUACACGCGCAUGACCAAGCGCGUUUUCGAGACCGACAAGACGUUUGCUGGGAUUCCGUAUCGGUCUACGCUGUUCAAGGCUUCGAAACUUGAAGAGGCGAUCCGUGAAUGUGUGAGGGAACAUACCGUGUUUGAGGCUGAGGGAAAUGAUAUUACGCCGGCGUCGAGCGAUCGCAAUUCCAUCGCAAGCGCUCCGUUCAGUCCUAAUUCACUUCAUUCAAUUCCCCAGCGCACCGUCAGCCGGGGGAGUUACAGUGCCCGCGGGCCGUCGCAUCCGUCGACUCCCGUGAGCCAGAGGAAUUCUACGUUUAUCAACGGUUUGCGGUGGGGGAACCCGGAUGCUCUGCUUUAUGACAACCGGGAGUAUCGUACCAAGACUGCUGUCACUGCGUUGUACAAAGGCACUUCUCGCAACGGUUCAUCCGUCUUCCUCCGUUCCUAUGACUCGCGAAAAGAACCACCUCCCGAGUUCGACUGCACCAUUUGGCAAGCCGGUCGAGCUACCUCCGCCACCGGUCUAGCCUUCAAACCCAUCCAAAUCGGACAAAGCUUUUUCAUCGAUGAGGGACCCGGCACCUACAACCCCGCGCCGCAGGUAUUGGAAGAAGCCACCGUGAACGAAUGGCCCGGACGAGAGAUCGGUGUCUUCAUCAGUGUGGGAACAGGCAAGCGGCCGCCGGGCACCAACAACCGGCAACACGAGUGGUGGGAGGACUUCUUUGGUGAUGCAUUGGGUGUCUUUGCCGAAGCGCGACGACGUCUGAUUACCAAAAUCGAAGGAUGCGAAGGUAUUCACAACGACAUGCUGCGCAACCACCUGGCGAAGCGAAACGUCAGCAAAGACAACUACUACCGUCUGAACGUCGAGGUCGGUGUGGGAGAGUUUGGCAUGAACGAAUGGAACCGUCUGGCAGACAUCAGCACCAACACCCGUCGCUAUCUGUCCAGACCAGAGGUGAAGAAGAUGAUUCUCGGCGCAGGUGUCAAAUUCGCAAAGAUCAACCGCAUGCAUCAGCGACUGUCGGCGCACGCAGCUGUUGCGAGCGGAACCAGUGAUACCUCUAGUAUCCAAGAAGACAUCAACCUCAACCUGCUCUCCCCACACUCGCCCACAUACGCCGUACCCCCACCAUCAAACCCGAUGGCUGUCGAACUGCCUGCUGAGCUUCCAGGUGACUUCACACCGUUGACCACCGCGAGCCACCACGCACCGUCCCAAUCAGAGGACACCCUCCCCGCCCACCCAACCCCCCAGGACGCUGUCCACCCACACCCAGCGCGAGGCUCCGGCAGCGACAUCUCCAGCUUCCAUAACCGCAGCCGCCCAACCUCGCAGCAACAGCGCGAGCAAUUCCCUCACCUAUUCGGCUCCUCCCCGCGACACAGUGGCGACUAUCUUCACGAGGGCAUGGGCAUGCCACCACCCGUGCCCCCCAAGACCCCCAUCCCAUAUCCGGAUGACCCGAGUGAAGUAGGCGGGAUCAUGAUGCCAGUGCCGGACACGAUGGUUAGUGGGAAUGGUAAAGCGAGGCCUCCAUAUCCGGUGGACGAGCCACCGCCGGUUGUGAAUAAGCAGCGGAAGCCUAGUUAUCAUGUGCGAUGA